AUGGGAAAAGGCGGUAAAGCAAAAUCCAAGGCAAAGAGCCGAUCCUCACGCGCAGGACUCCAGUUUCCAGUCGGUAGAAUUCAUCGUCUGCUCCGCAAAGGCAACUAUGCUGAACGUGUGGGUGCCGGAGCCCCAGUGUAUCUAGCCGCCGUGCUGGAAUAUCUGGCUGCCGAAGUUCUAGAAUUGGCCGGUAACGCUGCUCGGGACAACAAGAAGAGCAGAAUUAUUCCCAGACAUCUGCAGUUGGCGAUUAGAAACGACGAGGAAUUGAACAAGUUGUUGUCGGGAGUCACGAUCGCUCAAGGUGGUGUUCUGCCAAACAUCCAGGCAGUUCUCUUACCCAAGAAGUCUGCAUCUGCCAGCACCGGCAAGUCCACCAAGGCAUCUUCACAGUCCCAGGAGUUUUAA